GUGUCUGUUUCUGCUCAUGAGACGCUUAUCGAUUCGACAAGGAGCUUUAAAAACAAGGUGCUAGAUGGUGAGCGUGGCGGCCGCGCGUAAUGCUGAGACGACCGGCGCGGAGUCAGAAUGAGUGUCACAGAUGGCGAAGGCACAGCUAGCCAAGAUGGUCGGGCCUACGUUCUCCAAAUCUACCCUCGCCUGUCCCGCAAGACCGCUCCGUGUUGCACGCUCAGGGUCCGCAAGGAGGCCACGGCGGCCGCCGUCGUUCAGGACGCGGCCGCCACCCUGGGCCUCGGCGCCGCCGAGCGCUACGUGUUGGCCGAGGUGAAGGAGAGCGGCGGGGAGGAAUGGGUCCUGGAGGCCACGGACCUGCCGGUGCACAGGGUUCUGCUGUGGCCCCGGAGAGCUCAGGAGGAGCACGCGCAGAGCGAGGGGUUCUACUUCCUCCUCCAGGAGCGCAACUGCGACGGAACCAUACGGUACACGAACCUUCCCGCCGCCCGCAAUGAGCGGGACGUUCAGCAUCUGGUGGCCAGGGGUUUCCUCCCUCCUCGGCACGAGGACUUCGACGACCUGUGCAACCUCCCCUUCCUCGACGAGGACUCCAUCCUGGCCAACCUGCGCUCCCGCUUCCAGAAGAAGAAGAUCUACACGUACGCCGGCAGCAUCCUCGUCGCCAUCAACCCCUUCAAGUUCCUGCCCAUCUACAACCCCAAGUACGUCAAGAUGUACGAGAACCACCAGCUGGGCAAACUGGAGCCGCACAUCUUCGCCAUCGCGGACGUCUCGUACUACACCAUGCUGCGCAAGAGGAUCAACCAGUGCAUCGUCAUCUCUGGAGAGAGCGGCUCCGGCAAAACGCAGAGCACCAACUUCCUGAUCCACUGCCUGACCGCUCUGAGUCAAAAAGGAUACGCCAGUGGGGUGGAGAGGACCAUACUGGGAGCGGGGCCUGUUCUGGAGGCCUUCGGGAACGCGAAGACAGCCCACAACAACAAUUCCAGUCGCUUCGGGAAGUUCAUCCAGGUGAACUACCUGGAGAGCGGAGUGGUUCGAGGGGCGGUUGUUGAGAAAUACCUGCUGGAGAAAUCCCGCCUGGUGUCCAGAGAGGAGAAUGAAAGGAACUAUCACGUGUUUUAUUACCUGCUAGUCGGGGCAUCCGAGGAGGAACGCAAGCAGUUCAAGCUCCUGCAGCCCGAAAACUACAACUACCUCAAGCAGCAAAACUUUACCAUAGAGGAUGCGGAGGACCUCCGGCACGACUUCGAGCGGCUGCAGCAGGCCAUGGAGAUGGUCGGCUUCCUGUCGGCCACCAAAAAGCAGAUUUUCUCAGUGCUGUCAGCCAUCCUGUACCUGGGCAACGUGACCUACAGCCCGAAAGCCACGGGCAGGGACGAGGGGCUGGACGUCGGUCCUCCCGAGGUCCUCGCUAACCUCUCGGAGCUGCUCAAGGUCAAAGAGGAGCUUCUAGUCGAGGCGCUGACCAAGAGGAAAACGGUUACGGUCAAUGACAAGCUGAUCCUGCCCUACAGCCACAGCGAGGCGAUCACGGCGCGGGACUCCAUGGCCAAGUCUCUGUAUAGCGCCUUGUUUGACUGGAUCGUCCUGCGCAUUAACCACGCGCUGCUCAAUAAGAAGGACAUGGAGGAAUCUGUUCCGUGUUUGUCUAUAGGAGUUCUGGACAUCUUUGGCUUUGAGGACUUCGAGACCAACAGCUUCGAGCAGUUCUGCAUCAACUACGCUAACGAGCAGCUGCAGUAUUACUUUAACCAGCACAUCUUCAAACUGGAGCAGGAGGAGUACCAGGCGGAGGGCAUAACGUGGCACAACAUCGACUACACUGAUAACGUGGGCUGCAUCCACCUCAUCAGUAAGAAACCCACAGGACUCCUGUACUUACUGGACGAGGAAAGCAACUUCCCUCAUGCUACAGAUAGCACUUUGCUGGCCAAAUUUAAACAGCAGCAUGAGAGAAACCACUACUUUGUGCCCACGCCUGUGAUGGAGCCGGCCUUCGUCAUCCGCCACUUCGCUGGGAAGGUCAAGUACCAGGUUAAGGACUUCCGGGAGAAGAACACGGACCACAUGCGGCCGGACAUCGUGGCCCUACUGCGCAGCAGCGAUCGAGCCUACGUGCGCCAGCUGAUCGGCAUGGACCCGGUCGCCAUGUUCCGCUGGGGCAUCCUGCGAGCCGCCAUCCGCGCCCUCGCCGCCUUCAACGAGGCCGGACGCCGCUGGGCCGCCAAGAGCGCCGGUGUGGUUAGACCAGUCUCUAGAGUUCCACUCGGAGAGCUGCAGAGGUCCAACACGCCCAUCGAGAGGAUGUACCGCCGUACCUCUAUGCUCGAUUUCUCCUUUGAUCACUCAGAGGAGCGCCCCCUAGAGGCCUUUGAGGACAUCUUUGCUAGUUAUGAGAGUAAAAACGACAUGCACGCCCAAAUUAUCAGCUCUAUCAAGGACUUGCGGUUGGACGGCCAGGACCCCCGUAAGCUGCUUCAGUCCUGGGGUCGCCUGCGCUCCCCACGCCACGUCCCUCAGAAGAACAAGACCACCAAGAACAAGCAGCUCAUUCCCAAGAACCUGCUGGACUCGAGGUCACUAAAAUUCAUCGUGGGUCUUCACGACCGCACCACCAAGUCUUUGCUGCAUCUGCACAAGAAGAAAAAGCCUCCCAGCAUCAGUGCUCAGUUUCAGACCUCCCUGAGUAAGCUGCUGGAGACUCUGGGAAAGGCCGAGCCCUUCUUCAUCCGAUGUCUGCGCUCCAAUGCUGAGAAGAAGGAGAUGUGUUUUGACGAAGCGCUGAUCCUGCAGCAGCUGCGUUACACGGGCAUGCUGGAGACGGUGCGCAUCAGGAGGUCGGGUUACGGCGCUAAAUACACCUUCCAGGAUUUCAUCGAGCAGUUUCGUGUGUUGCUGCCCAAAAACGCCUCGUCUCCUAAAGAAAUAUCCACCCUGCUGCAGAACCUCGGUCUGGACCCCAAGACGUACCAGAUAGGCAAAACUAAGGUUUAUCUGAAGGAACUGGAGAGGCAGACGCUUCAGGACACCCUGCACAAGGACGUCAUGCGUAAGAUCAUUUUCCUGCAGCGCUGGUCCCGAGCUAAGCUCCAGAGAAGGGAGUUCCUUCAGAUGAGAGCGGCCGCUGUCGUUUUUCAGCGCUCGUGGCGUGCGUGUCAGGAGAGGCGGCGCUAUAGAGCAGCGACUGUGCUCCAGGCAGCGUGGCGCGGGUCCAGACAGAGAGAUGAGUACCGCCACAGACGAGCCUCCAUCACCAAGAUCCAGGCUUUCGCCAGAGGACAUUCAGCUCGGAGAAGGUACCACUCUCUAAAAGAAGAAAAGAGGAAAACGGAAGAGGAAGAAGCUCGACUUAGGAAACAGAAGGAGGAAGAGGCUGCCAGACAGGCCGAAGAGGCAGCCGAGGCAGCCAGGAGAGCACAAGAAGCCGAAGAGGCAGCCAGGCGUGAGAAAGAAGCAGCCAGAGAGGCAGAAGAGGCGGCGAAAAAGCAAAGAGAUGCUGAAGAGGCAGCUAGAAGAGAGAAGGAGGCAGCGCCGCAGAAACAGGAACCACGGCUAGACGUCCAGGUUCCUACAGAUGAAGAGGCGCAGGAUGAUGAAAUCGAGGGGAGGAGGGAGGAAAAUAAGAGCCACCGGACUGAGGCUGGUCCUCAGCCUGACGCCAAGUCUGAGAAGAAGAACGAGGAACCUGUUCAGGAACUUCCAGACCACAGCAAAGCACCACCAGCAAAAACAAGCCCUGAUGCUACAGACCCUGAAGCUGCACGUCCUUCAGACCCCAAAAUCACCCCGAUUUCUUCAGAUCAGCCAUCGAAAGACGAGCAAAGCCACGAAACCUGCAGCCCUGCGACUGUUGCCACUCGGACUCUCGAUUCAAGACCGUCGGUAAAGCAGCCGCCCUCCAGGAGCCAGGAGAAGAGAGAGAUGAGACGGAAGCGCGGUUUGGAACACAGCCAGAGGGAGAGCGUGCGCGCGGCCUCGUCCGGAAAAGACGAGAGCGCCAAAGAGCUCGACCACUACACCUUCAUCCCCUGGAAAGAGGACAAGGCCAAGAAGGAGGCCGCCGCCCCCGCCGACGAUAUAGAGAAGGUGAAGAAAGAAGCCAAACGAGCCACAGCUGGACCGGUCCGACCCGCCACUUUACAUCUGGAUGUGCCGAUCUCCAACGAGCCCAAACACACGCGUGCCAAGGAAGGUGCCAGCAAGGGGAAUGCACAGCCAGAUCAGUCAUUACCCGAGUCCCAAAGCAAGGAGGACAAAAGAACUAAGAUGCUACAGGUUUCUCGAUCAUUUGAUGAUGUGUAUGAGCUGAAGACGUCAGACUCCUGUGGAGUUUCAGAGGCCCCGCUUCGUGUUGUGGAGGCUCCACAUGGAGGGAGAGCAGGCACCGUGAGGAGGACGCCUCAGGACAGCUCCGGUCAGCAGGACGGCCCUCACGCGCACCCUCACACUCCAGAAAGAUCGACUGGCUUCCUGAGAAAAAUCCUGAAGAAAAGACCUCAAAAAGAGGCUCAGACUCCAGAGGAGGACGACCUGACGAUGGCUUCUCCUUUAUCCCUAAACGCCACGUCUCCUUCACGACCACAUCACACGGAGUCUCUCGGCGGGCGCGUGAGUCGAAACCCUACCAUCAAGAUCAGUCGCGCCACGCGGGUCACGGAGCAGUGGAACGCCUCGCUGGAUCGAGAGAUCACCAACGCCAACGAGCUCCGGCACCUCGACGAGUUCCUGGGAAAUCAGGUGAAUGAUUUACGCUCCAGAGGAAAGCAGCUCUCUGCAACCGAGAACAUCUUCAUCACCGCCACCAUGCAGUUUCGAGAGACCAUCAAAAGCAUGUACUCCGUCCCAAAACCGCUCAUCGGUUACAAGGUUUUGAUGAUGGGCUACCAGAACAAGGUGAUGAGUUUAGCAGGUCAGCAGCAGAAGGAGGAGGUGCAGCUCGUCGUCAAUCUGUUCCAAUCCGUGCUGGACGGCUUCAUCAGAGGAGAAAUCAAGCGAGAGGAGGCUGAACCCGUCAAGCCUCCAAAAGGUCACAAGAAGAGGCGGAAAAAAGAGAAGAGCAUGGAGAGUCCACUGGACCACAGGUUCAGCAACUUCCAGGUGAACAUCAUGCAGUACUGUGACCAGUGCUCCUCUUACAUCUGGGUGAUGGAGAAAGCCUACAUGUGCAGUGAUUGUAAACUGGUUUGCCACAAGAAAUGCCUGUCCAAAAUCGUCACAGACUGUAACACGUUCUGCUCCAAAAAGAGCGACGAGGACUCGAGUUCCCAGCACUUCGGCGUGCGCGUGUGCCGGCUGGUCGGUGAUAGGAUCCCGGUCCCUGUGGUGUUGGAGUUGAUGCUGGAGCACGUGGAGAUGAACGGCCUGUACACGGAGGGCAUCUACAGGAAGUCCGGCUCGGCUAACCGCAUGAAAGAGCUCCGGCAGCUUCUGGAAGCCGACCCUAAUACAGUGUGUUUGGAGGACUAUCCCAUCCAUGCUGUGACCGGUCUGGUGAAGCAGUGGUUGAGAGAGCUGCCUGAUCCACUCAUGACGUUUAAUCACUAUAAUGACUUCCUUCAUGCAGUAGAAUUACCUGAGAAGCAGGAGCAGCUAAUGGCCAUCUACAGUGUUAUAGACGAACUCCCCACAGCCAACUACCAAACUCUGGAGAGACUCAUCUUCCACCUGGUCAAGGUGUCGAAGGAGGAGAAGAGUAACCGGAUGACGCCCAACUCGCUGGCUAUCGUUUUUGCCCCCUGCAUCCUGCGCAGCCCCGACACCGCGGACCCGCUUCUCAGCAUGAAGGACGUGGCCAAGACGACCGUGUGUAUAGAGAUGCUGAUUACCGAGCAGAUCAGGAGUUAUAACGAGAAAAUGGAGGAGAUCGAGCAGCUGGAGUUAGCUGAAAAUCUAGCGAAGAACCAGCUCAAGCUGAAGAGACGCAACACGAGCUGCCAUUUACCUCUCAGGUUUACCUCUUCUUACAGAGGAGUAGCGGUGAGGGAGAAACCUGCUCUGGAUCUGCGCGCCGUUCCUGAGAACGAACUGCUCGACUCGGACACGGAGGCCGAGAGGAGCCUGGUGGAGCGGAUUAAAUCCAUCAAACAGGAGAAAGAGGACCUGGCCUGCAGGUUGCCGGAUAUGGAGCAGCCCGGUUCCGAUCAGGAGAAUCUGGACUCGGAGGCCUCGGCCAGCUCGGAGAGUCUGUUAGACGACCGCGUGCACUGUUCAGACACGGAAGGCAGAAUGACCUUCAUACCGAGAGUCCAGAAACCUGCUCGUCCGCUCGAACCCGCCAGCUCGUCCUGGAACCCACCUUCUCCCGCCCUGUCCGCUUCCAGAACCCAGCUCCAGCGCCGCUAUCCGGUCAUCCCCUGCACGCUGCGCCUGCCCGCCGGCGUCUUCCCGCCGGUGCAGAGACGACAGCGGCCCGGACGUCGUAAAGACAGCGUACACUCGCUUUAUAUCAGCCGGGGGGCGGAACUGGAGUCGUCCGGUUCCUUCACGGGCGAGAACCCCGUUUCUCCCAGACGUUUCUCAGAUCCCGAUCUCGCUCACGUUUAGGAUGAUGCCUCAUACGAAACUUGUACUGGUUGUAAUGGUUCAGCCUGAUCCAUGUUUUACCAAGCACUUUUUUUACCUGAAAUACUUAUAAUAAUGCGUUUAGUUUUUUAGCCUUUUAUUUUUAGCUGGAUCAGUGGUGCUUCUCAUAAACCUGUUUUAUUCCUCGUUUCUUAUUUUAUACAUGGACAAAAUAGCAAGACGUUGCACCUUUCAGUUUGUUUUCUUUCUACAUUUUAAACGGACCUACCCCGGGAAGAAAACAUAACCCGGUCUCAUCGUGCCUUCAGUUUCUCGUCGGCGUAGUGCAGGAUUCUUCCUGUAUGCAGUAUACAGAGCGCACAGAGUACAUAUAAUAUAAUGCAGUAUGACGGCACGGACGCUCGAACUUUUAACACUUUUAAUAUGUUGGACCAGAGAACCAGUAGAUAUUUUUACAAACCAGUUCAUUCUGAUCAGUUUGAAAGCCAAGCAGAUUAAAUACUGCACAUAUAAAUAAAUGUGGUUCCUCAAAGCAGCACAUGAAAGGAAUCAAACCAUCCAAACUCGAUUCCCUCGGCGUGUAAACCAGCUCUGAUUUAUUAGUCGGGGUGGACGAAUCAUAAAUUAAGCAAAGCUUUCCGUGGAAACAUAUUAAAAUGUCUGAAAUAAGGUACGUGGUGUAAUUUAAUUUCGUUUAAAUAUGUAUGUUGGCGUGUGACGUGUUGGUCGGCCGGUGAAGCGCGUACGUUCACACGGGCCGACGUUAAGCAGCCUGGGUGGGUAAACAACAGACUUUAAAGGGAACGGAAGAAUAGACUGGGGCUUAAUCCUACAAAAUACCUUUAAUAAUUAUUGUUUAUGGAUUAAAACCCCUGUAAACAUCACAACCGUAAGAUAUUUCACAUUCUGCAUUCUAAUGAUCUCAUUUUUCAGAUCAUCGCUUACUAGUCUAGUAUGUUAACCACUAGGUACUUGUAGCCUAAUGGUCGCUGGUUUAAGCCCCACCACUGCCAGGUUGCCACUAUUGGGGCCCUAUCGAGCAAGGCCCUUAACCCUCAAGUGCUUAGACAGCACACUAUCACUGUACUGUAAGUUGCUUUGGAUGAAAGCAUCCGCUAAAUGCCAUAAAUGUAAAUUCAGUCUCCCAACGGGGCCUUUUUUAAAUUUUUCUCCCAAUCUACUUCCUCUACCGCUGCACCAACCCCGCCCUGACCGAGGAAAGCCACAAAUGGUCACACGCCCCCUUCGGCACCGCUUCUUUUCACCUGCCGGUGAAUCAGCCGUCCUUUGUGCAGGUGUCUAGAUCAGCCAGCAGGGGCCGCAAUUGCUGCAGCGAUGGAGCAUUUACAUUUACGCUUUAAUCCGAAGCGACUCACAAUAUACAGUGUAAGCAACUGAGGGUUAAGGGCCUUGCUUAAGGGCCCAACAAUGGCAACCUGGCAGUGGUUGGGUUUGAACCAGCCACCUUCUGCUUACUAGUCCAGUGCCUUGCCUAUAUAUCAGUCAUUCAUCCAUCAUCAGUGUGUUUUUUAAAUCGUAGUUUAAUUAGAGCGGUCUGUUUUUCUAUUCCAAAAGUUUUGGGACGCAAGGCAGGGGAACAAAAUUUCACCAGUACUACCUAGGGUCAAUUUAGAGCAGCCAGCCUGCAGUAAACCCAUGUCUGUCUGCAUUAAAGUUUUCCUUUUUGCCAUGAUACUCAAUUGGGAGUGCUAGUGGGAUCAGGACUAAAUGUAGUAUGUAGUUACAGCACUAAGUACUGAUUGUUAGUUCUGAUUGGUACAGUAGUGUGUGACCUAAGUUACUAAAUGAGACCUGAAUGAAGCAUCUUUUUUAGAAGGUCCGGCAUCAUCAGCAUCAAUGACUGUACGAAUGGGACCAUAAAGCUGCACAAACUGGUAUACUGGUGGUGCUUUACAGAAACUGCACAGCUAACGCUCACAGCUAUUUCACAGUUAGAAUCUGGAGCUUCGGGAUUUGUACCGCAAACAUGUAGUAGCUGAUUACAUUUAAAGCAAAAUAGUCACUGUUGAAGGAAGACUGUUACACAAUGGCUUUUGUAAACAUUAUUAUACCUGUAGGCUCCUUGUGGAUCAAAGGGUCGCAACCACACCCCUCCAGCGGACUCUGUUCUGUCCUCAGCUGGGUCCAUGACAGGCCGGCGUCUCUUGCCUCGCCCUCGACUGAUCUCCUCCACGUCUGUUUUAGCCUCCCCACUCUGCGUUUCCCCUGUGGGUUCCAGUCCAGGGCUUGUCUUGUGGCGUUACCGGCCGGUUUGCUUAGGGUACGGCCAAUCCAACUCCGUCACGUCCUGGCUGAUGGGUUUCUGGCUGGUUGGAGAUCUUCUCAGGCCACUUGAUGUUCAGGAUGUGGCUUUUGUAAACACCCUACAGAGUCCACACGUGCCUCGUACAGCUACUGUGCCACCUAAAAGCACCUAAACACAGUCGGAUGUUUAGUUUUAAAAAUACAAAUCAAAUCCAGUAUGGUGCAGGAUUCCUUGUUUACGAUCGACAGGGUAAAAUUGCUGGUGAUUGCUCGGUCUUGAACGCUGCACAAGGCACAGGGGUUAAUGAUCUGUCCAUCGUUUGGCCAUCGCUGCAGAUACAUAAUUGCUUUUAACUAUUUAUUCUAAAUGUGUAGAUGCUAAACAAGCUUCGUUAAAAUUAGUAUUCGCAGUUAGUUGCUAGAACGUUCGUCCCUCAGAAGAGCUGCAAUAUUAUUACAUUUGCUAUUUUUGGUUCAUUUUUAAAUAACCUGGAACUUUUCACAGCAAUAAAACAAUCCGAGACGUUUGUACGUUUGGAAAGCACAGAACGGUUCCAUAAUAAGCACAAGCAUCAGCACCAUGGACUCGACUCGUUCCACUUUAAAGCCCCCAUUCCAAUUUAAUGGACUGAUUUAUUUCAGCAUGGAGCGAAUCGGACGCCACGUUGGAAAGAAAAUCCGUAAUGGACUGUAACUCUGCAGCUAUCACUUUAGACCACGUCGGACUUUUGUUUUUUAUUAUUAUGAAUAAACAGGACGCUACUGUGUGGGUCAGUUGGACUGAGAAGAAGCUCGUAAUGACUGGCAUACGGUGGCAAAGCCACGUGUUUACUAACCAUGUCGCAUGCUGAUGCUGGUGUGUGUAGUCUCGUGUUGUCUGGAUGGUUGAGGAUGAAUGAAUGAUUGAAUAAAUGUUUAUGUUACAUUUUACAGGGAAAGGACCGCGCUUGCUUUGUGCUCCAUAUACAUUCCUGAGACGUAAACGAUUGUGUUCAGACUGAUUUUUUUACAAUACAGUUUGUACUUGCAGCAGAUCUGUGUGGUUUUGCUUUUUUUUACCUGGAUAAAAGCCGUUAUGUCUUCA